UAAUCCUUUCACUUGAUAUCCUCUAAAUACCAUGAAACAUAUAUACGUACUUGCAGUGCAGGUUCUUGUAUUGAUUAAUAUUGUUAUUGCUAGUGAUGGUGGCCUUUUGCUGAAGAUCCAGCAGGCCAAUUCAUUACUUUCCACUGAAGGACCAACUAUCAAUGUACUUCAAUUCUAUGAAGAUUUGAUUAGAGAAAUAGAAGUGGAUACGGACAAUACAAUCACCAGUCAGUUACCUCAAAUCUAUCUUAAAAGGGCCAUCAUUUCUAUCUCCUUGAAUAAGAUUAACUCUGCAAUUUCGGAUUUGAAGAUAUGUUUAAAAUUGGAUCCAAAGAUGAAACCAGCCAAGAAAAGACUUGUUGAUUUGUUGAUGGAAAGAGGGGAUUUUGAUCAAGUAUCCAAUGUCAUUAAGGGCACUCCCAUUCUUCCUGAAGAUCAAGAAACAUAUAAUCAAAUUGAACAAUUUAAAGAUUCAUAUGGGAAGGCUCAAGAGUUUUAUAAACAAAAGGAUUACAAACAAUGUUCAAGUAUACUAGAAGAACAAGUAUUUAUAAUAUCACCAAGUAACUUGGAUUCUUAUAAGUUACAUAUUGAAUGUUUGAAGUUAAAAUUACAAAUGGAGAAUGAUAAUGAUGAUAAUGAUUCAUUUAGAAAUAUUAUUAAAAGCAUGUCACAUAUAUUAAAGAAAUCCACAUCACCUAUGCAAAACCUUAUGAUCUAUGAUAGAUUAUCAUCAUAUUUAUUAUUCACACAGGUUCAAUUUGACCUUUCUUGGACAUAUGUUAAAAAUUGUUUAAGAAUUGAUAAUGAAUAUAAAUCAUGUGGAGAUUUGUCUAAAUUUUAUUUUAAAUUUCAAGAUUUAUUAAAAUUAUUGGAAAGAUAUUCCAUUAUGAAUGGGCAUUAUUAUAUGGAAACAGAAACUGCUGGAAGUAUUGAUCCUGAGAUUAUCCUUGACGAAAAAGAUUAUAAAUUUAUUAACAAAUUUUUAUUUGAAGAUGAAUUAAAAGUUUCAAAAUUAGACAAGAAAAAAUUACCAUAUUCAAUUAAUAAUAAUUUUGAAUAUUUAAAGUACAAAGCUAAUAAUUUUGGUAAAGAUGAACAAUUACCAUAUGUAUCAUUUUUAGAUGAUCUUCAAGAAUUGGCAUGUGAAUCAUAUAUUCAAAUUAAAGAUUAUGGGAAAUCAUCCAACAAGAUUUGUUCAGAAAUUAAGGAAUCAUCAUCAAAUCCAUUUUUCCCAUUACAUGUGCAACAAGUUGAUAAAUUAUUAAAGAAGAAGAAUUUCCAUGAAGCAAAGAGAUUAUUGGAAAGAUUCAAUAAAAAUGUUAGACAUUCUAAAUUGUUUGAACUUAGAUCAAAGAAAAUUGCCGAGUAUGAACAAAGACAACAACAUCAACAGCAACAACAACGUUUUCGCCAACAACAGCAUCAACAGCGACAAUACCAGCAUCAACAGCAACAACAGCAACAAAAUAAUAAUAUUAACCAUGAUAUUGAUUAUUAUAAAGUACUUGAUGUUGCAAAGGAUGCAGAUGAAAGAACUAUUAAAAAGGCUCAUCGUACCCAAACAUUAAAAUACCAUCCUGAUAAGUAUAAAGGGAAUGACUUAACUCCAGAACAAAUCGAAAACAAAAUGCAAGAAAUCAAUUUGGCUUAUGAAGUUCUUUCUAAAAAGGAACUGAGAGAAGAGUAUGAUAGAGGUGGUGGACAACAACAACAUCAUUUCGGUGGUGGUGGUCAACAAGGAUUUAAUUUUGGAGGUUUCGGAGGUGGAGGAGGUCAUGAUUUCUUCUCCCAAUUCAUGCAUGGAGGAAUGAAAUUUGGUUAAUUU